GUCCACAACGCCAACAGCGCUAUUCUUGGCGUGAAAUUCGUGAAUUCGGGUUUGUUAUUGUCAAGCUUUCCUUUCGACCGGCUAUACGCACUGCUUUCUACCGUGAGGGUGUCCAGUCACUUGACGUUGUUGAAUUACAACUGUUGCAAUGGAUAUUGAGAAACUGGACAUUUACAAUGCCAAGAGUGGCAAGUUUGUCACCACUGUUUAUGGGCUGAAGACAACCAGCACUAUACUGGAUGUUAAAACAGUCCAGCUUCAGAAAAGUGUUCUUUAUCCCGAGAGGCAAGAGGUUAGGUUGGAGCAAAAGGGUAAAUCCGUAAAGGAGGCAUCAACAUUAAGUGAACUUGGUUUAAAGACCGAAUGUAAGUUAUACAUCAAGGAUCUUGGCCCUCAGAUUGGCUGGACAACAGUUUUCUUUUGUGAAUAUGCAGGACCUCUAGUCAUUUAUUUAUGGAUAUAUCAGCGACCUUGGCUGUUUUAUGGUGACAAAGGGGCAUCCUCUCCAAUUUCUCUUUGUACUCACUUGGCGGCUGGGUGCUAUACAUUCCAUUAUGCCAAGAGACUGCUGGAGACAAAAUUCAUCCAUAGAUUUUCUCACAGCACUAUGCCUUUGUUCAAUCUUUUCAAGAACUGUACUUACUACUGGGGAUUCACUGCCUACGUUGCUUACCAUGUGAAUCAUCCCUUGUUCACUCCUCCAUCUGAUAUGCAGGUCUAUGGAGCUUUUGCAGCUUUUCUUCUGUGUGAAUUGGGCAACUUCAGUAUCCACUUACUUCUAAGAAAUUUAAGGCCGGCUGGGUCCAAGGAACGCAAGAUCCCAUAUCCAGAUAGCAAUCCACUUACAUUGCUUUUCAAUGCUGUCUCUUGCCCAAACUAUACAUAUGAGGUUGGUUCUUGGAUAUCUUUUACAGUUAUGACAAGCUGUUUACCUGCCGGUCUUUUUGCCUUGUGUGCUUUUACCAAAUGGCUAUAUGGGCACUGGUAAGCAUCGCAACUACAAAAAGAAUUUGCAAAUUAUCCAAGAAGGAAAGCUAUUUUACCCUUCCUUUUAUAAAUCUUCAACAUUAGAUGUCACAGUUAAUUUCAGCAUCACAAUGUAAUUUUAACUUUUUUUACUUCUAGUUAUGCUAAUGAGAAUCAGCGUUGCU